ACGAAGAAAGAGAUGUAAUUAGGAAAAAACAAAGAGGGCUGAGGAUAGGAAAGAAAAAAAGAAUCAAAUAAUGAACAUGACAAAGUACAACGUCGUCGAAGUGUCACCAUUUUUGUUCAUGGAAGCAUCUGCAGAUUCCGAGACGACCCAUCAGGAACGUGGACACGAUGGAGAUGAUGUGAAAGGUCGUGAAGAAUAUGGUGAAGAUGCUGAGUCAUGCAGGUGCGAGACGUCAACGAGUCAAAGGACGAGUAGGUCAACGGAUUUUGACCCGGUUGAAGAAGAAGCUGACGUCGCCGGAGAAAAUGAAGAUGACCAUGACGAAGACGGAGAGGUGAAUAGUUAUCGGAGAGACGGCGAAAAGCUGACAGUUGAUUCAUCUUCGAGGUUGAUGAGUGAGAUUGAAAAAAAUCGAAUGUUUUGGGAAGCUUGUUUGGCUUCUUAAUACAGUAUAUAUGUUGGGAACAAAAAUGAUAUUUUCUGUAUUAUUCUACAUUAAGUUAUAAACUUAUGAUCGGUUACGUGUUUGAAUGUAUUGAUGAAAUACAUCUGUUGUUAAUUU